AGGGAGACAUAGAGAAUGGGGAACUGCUUCACCAACACCGAGUACACGAUAAUCCAGCCUUCGCCGCCGUCGGGCCGCCAGCCGUCGGCGAACGCCGAGCACGUUAAGCCGCCACCAAAAUGCCCUGAGCAUGCGGCCCCGAUCGCGAAGCCCCUGCCGUGGUCGACGCCGGCCUGCGGGGUGGUCCUCGUCUGGCCGGCGCUGCAGCGGCCGAUGUUGGACGUGCACUCGCUGUACAUCCUGGAGCAAGAGCUACGGAACGGGCAGUUCGAAACGACGUACCGGUGCAUGGAGCGCGCCACCGGUCUCAGGUACGCCUGCAGGUCCGUGUCGAAGCAGAGGCUGCUGCGGCCGGCCGACGUGGAGGGCGUGCGCCGGGAGGUCACCGUCCUUCAGCACCUCCGCGCGCAGCCCAACAUCGCCGAGUUCAGGGCUGCCUUCGAGGACGCCGACAGCGUGCACCUCGUCAUGGAGCUGUGCUCCGGCGGGGAGCUCUUGGACCGCGUCGCCGCCAGGGGGAGCUACUCCGAGCGCCAGGCCGCCGCCGCGUGCCGGGACGUCCUCACCGUCGUGCACGUCUGCCACUCCAUGGGGGUCAUGCACCGGGACAUCAGGCCGGAGAACUUCCUGCUCGCCAGCUCCGCCGAGGACGCCCCACUAAAGGCCGUUCACUUCGGGCUCUCCAUCUUCAUCGAACCUGGGAAAGUGUACAAGGACUUUGUAGGAAGUGCAAUCUAUGUUGCGCCAGAAGUUCUGCAUAGAAAUUACGGGAGAGAAAUUGAUGUCUGGAGCGCCGGAGUGAUCUUGUAUAUUCUCUUAUGUGGAUCACCACCUUUCUGGGCAGAAACGGAGAAGGGCAUAUUUGAUGCUAUACUGGUGGGCAAAGUUGAUUUCUAUACCAGCCCGUGGCCGGCGAUAUCUGGAAGUGCAAAAGAUCUUAUCAGACAAAUGCUAAACAGAGAUCCCAAGAAGCGUAUUACGGCAGUGCAGGCCCUAGAACACCCAUGGCUCAAAGAAGGUGGGGCAUCUCACGGACCUAUGGAUGGUGCGGCCAUAUUGAAAGCAAAGCAAUUCAAGGAGACGAACAAGCUAAAACAACUAGCUGCUAAGUCAACUGCAGAGAAGAUAUCGCCAGAGGAAAUCGAGGGCCUGAAACAGAUGUUCCGUAACAUGGAUACAGACAAGAGCGGGAAAAUCACACUUGAAGAGCUGAGGAUUGGUUUGACAUCAAAGAUUAGCGAACCAGAGGUUCAGAAGCUUAUGGAAGCGGUUGAUGUAGACAAGAGCGGCAACGUGGAUUACACGGAGUUCCUGGCCACCAUGAUGAAUAAACAUAAGGUGGAAAAGGAGGAGGAUUUGUUGCUUCCAUUUCAACACUUUGACAAAGACAACAACGGACAUGCAACACAUGGCGAGAAAGAUGGAACGAGAGUCAUCGAGACAAGCAAAAGCAGUGGCAUGAAGAAUGAAAAGAAAGAAGCAGAACCAGAACUGAAUAAACCUGAGAAUGCUAAUGUGAUAAUGGAAGAUGUGCCUUCAAGUCAAGCAGAAUUUGAGAAAAAACUUGAAGAAGAGUUGAGAAAGAAGUUGCUUGGACAGAAAUUAGCAGGUGGGACUGGGGUUAGCAUUAGUGGAAACGAUGAGCAACAUGUACUUCAAGACAACAACAUGCAUGAUACGGGUGAUGAUGGAGGACUGGGGAAGACUGAAAAAGAAGUGAAUAACUAUGAAUACCAGGAUAAAAACCAUGGGGGGAUAGCAGAUAUUACUGAUGAUAAGAUAAAAGGUGGGACUGGGGUUAGCAUUAGUGGAAACAAUGAGCAACAUGUACUUCAAGACAACAACAUGCAUGAUACGGGUGAUGAUGGAGAACUGGGGAAGACUGAAAAAGAAGUGAAUAACUAUGAAUACCAGGAUAAAAACCAUGGGGGGGUAGCAGAUAUUACUGAUGAUAAGAUAAAAGGUGGGACUGGGGUUAGCAUUAGUGGAAACAAUGAGCAACAUGUACUUCAAGACAACAACAUACAUGAUACGGGUGUUGAUGGAGGACUGGAAAAGACUGAAAAAGAAGUGAAUAACUAUGAAUACCAGGAUAAAAACCAUGCGGGGAUGGAAGAUAUUACUGAUGAUAAGAUAAAUUCUGAUGCCUUUUCUAGAAAACAUGAGUAUAGUGCACAACAGAUCCAAGAGAGUAACCAGGAUGGAGGGACCGAUACAGAUGAAUCUGAUAGUGGGACCUUAGCAGGUGAAAAAUACAUAGAGGAUGUCAACAGUUCUCAAGUGACUACUGGGGUAGAUAAAGAAAAUUUUGUAGAAAUAGGGAGGAGGAUAAGUGGGAGAACAAACACAUAUCAUAUGAUGGACAAUGCAGUGGAGAGGUCAGCAAAAAACCUGGAAACAGUGCCUGGUGAGAAUGCUUUGCCUACAUUCUUCAAUUCUAGUUAUGAACUAAUUAUAGCAUUGCUGAUAAGAUUGGUGUUAAUAUAGUAAAUAAUGAUGUAG